ACACAGGGGCCGCCGACUUGGUUAACUGUGGGGAGAGAAACUGUGGGCAGAGAAACUUGCAGCUCGUGGAGCAGAGUUACUGGAGAUUGUGAAAUGCAAGGGAGCCCUAAGCCUGCCGCCUCAGUGCCAGGAAAUACAGAGGUAAAGGCAGCUGCCUCAGGGAUGGCCUUAAACCUCUUAAGCAUACCCCCAUCCUACCACGGACUGAUCAUCCAAAGAAUCCCUCUGAAGACAGGUCUCGUCCCAGCAGAGCCCUUGAAGACCUUAGCCCCAUCCAAAUCCAAACUCAACACCAUUGAGGCCAAGAGGAUCAUGUCGGUCCUGGACGAGGCCAUAAACAAGGUAGAGCUGAUAACCCUGAUGUCCUACCUGGAGUCCCACCCAGAGGCUCUAGAGGACACGUUGCCGGAGAAUCUUGUAGAAGCCAUAAGAGAGCAUUUGAACAUUGGUCAGGCCCUGGUGGAGAAGGCCAGCAUCCUGCAGAGGAAGCAAAAAGAGCUGGAGAAAGGGGAAGAAGCAGAGGAAGACUGGAACCAGGAACGCCUACUGUCCAUCGAGUUGCACAAGACUAACCUCUGGCCACUGACACACCAGUUCCGAGACUCCACCAAGACCAUGCUGAGGCUUCUGAUCAAUGAGCCCCAGCUCGCCAGGCUGCUGCACACGCAGGCACCAGGCAGAAGCCCAGGGGCCCAGUGCCUCCUCACCAGUCUGGUGGAGCUUCGGGGCUUCCUCUUUGAGAAGCUCCUCACCAGUCCCAUGGAAGUAAGGGAGAAGAACCAGUUCAUACAGGACAUUACCCGGAGGAGCAAGAGGAACCAGGAGAUCAUCGAUGCCCUCCAGGCUGAGCUGGCCGAGGUGCUGAAGAACAAGGAGGCAGAGGUGGAGAAGGAGAACUUUGUGAUCCAGGAACUGAAGAACCAUCUGCACCAGGUGUUCAAGUUUUCGGAGAACAGCCUUCUCCGCACGAAGCAGGAGGCAGAGAAGCAGCAGAAGGUGGAUUACCGGGCCUCUCAGGCCAGGCAGGCCAAGACGCAUCAAGACAUCCUGGCGCUUCGUGCACAGUACCACAACCUGGUCAUGGAGAACCGGGAGGCGGAGCAGGCACUAAGGAAGAAAAAAUACAAAGUGGAGACAGAAAUUGAGAACUGGAUCCAGAAAUAUGACAUGGAGAUGAACGAGAAGCAGGAAGAAUACGAGGACCUGGAGAGCAUCCACAAGGAGGAGAAGCUGCAGCUGGAGGAGCUGAAGGAGAGGCAUGCAGUGCUGGUGGAAGAGUUCUCUCAGAUCCGCGCCGAGAGCGAGAUCAAUUCCAAGAAGCGCGUAGAGGCAGAGCGCGAGAUGGUGCGCAUGGUGAGAGCCGCCACGCUCAUCCAGGCCAUGUGGAAGGGCUACCUGGUGCGCUCCAUGCUCAGGUCCAGGAAGAAGAAGCGGGUCAAGAGCAAAGGCAAAGACAAGGGGAAGGGCAAGGAGAAGACCAAGGAAGAGAAGGGCAAGGAGAAAAAAGCCAAGGGCAAGGGUAAAAGCAAGAAGUGACCGCUGCCUGGUCUGGCCCUGCCCCAGCCAAGCUUCAACCACACCCUACCCUGUCACGACCAUACCCCCAUUCUGCCCCACCCCAUCUAUCCCUGGCUUUAAUGAUGGCUAAAAUUAAAAAACAAAUAACAGGACUGGAGAGAUGGCUCAGCUGUUAAGAGCACCGACUGCUCUUCCAGAGGUCCUGAGUUCAGUUCCCAGCAACCGUAUGAUGGCUCACAACCAUCAAUAAUGGGAUCCGAUGCCCUCUUCUGGUGUGUCUGAAGACAGCGACAGUGUAUUCACAUAUAUAACAGAAACCUUAAAAACAUAUAAGUAAUAAAAAAGCAAUAAACCCAUUUUAAACCAUA